CCUGUAUGUGCCCAUCAAUGCUACGUAUCAGUGCACAUCAAUGCCACAUAUCAGUGCCUACCAGUGCACCUCAAUCCCACAUAUCAGUGCUCAUCAGAGCUGCCUUUCAGUGCCGCCUAUCAGUGCCAGUCAGCGCUGCCUGUCAGUGCUGUCAAUCAGUGCCACCUAUCAGUGCCAUUCCAAUCAGUGCUGCCUAACAGUUCCAAUCAGUGCCGCCUACCAGUGCCCAUCAGUGCCGCCUAUCAGUGCCAUAUAUGAGUGCUGCCUUUCAGUGCCCAUCAGUGAUGCCUGUCAAUACCCACAAGUGAUGUCUGUCAAUGCCCAUCAGUGUGCCUCCUUAUCAAUGCUG